UUACGUCCGUUGAUGGACUUCUUGAUGGUGUCCUGAAGCGAAACAGGCUUCAAAAUGGUAAUACACGGUUGCGGGAACAACGUCCCUCUCCAAUGCCCAGUCGUGGGCCGCAUGGAGGACAUUGGAUGGUCUCUUCAGUGUCCAAUGACAGGCCAGUGGUCUAGACAGCCAGUGAACAAUGUGGCUCUUAGUGCUCCGAGUGUUUACCGUGAAAUCCCUCCAGUUGAGUGCUAUCCUGGAAACUAUUACGCCCCCAAAGCGCAGUAUUUUCCUCCCCAAGUGGUAUAUCCUCGGCCGAUUCCUCAAUUCCAGGCGCCUGUUAUGCCUAACUUGCCGUGUAACCAGGCGCAAGAGUGGGAUUACGGGAGUAUGUGCUACAACGUGAAUGGCCAGCCUUGCCAGUACACCAACGUAGUUGACUUGGAAGAUUUUAUGAACAAUGAGAAACGCAAGGAGAAAUCCCGCGUCGCGGCGAGAUGUCGCCGCACGAAGGAGAUGCAGAUAUUUUCGGAGCUGAUGGAACAGUUGCCCGCCAAGAAGGAAGAGGUGGAACAGCUCGACAAGGCCUCCGUGAUGCGUCUCGCUAUAUCCUACCUCAGGGCCCGCGACGUGGUGUCACUGCUACCCAACGCUACGAAGGACCAGCCGAAGAUGGAAAACCCCAAAGGCGUGGAAGAACUAUCAUCCGAGCUGUCCUACAUGAAGGCUUUGGACGGGUUCGUCCUCGUGCUUUCCCAGCAAGGGGACAUCGUUUACUGCAGUGAAAAUAUCGCCGAUCACCUUGGAGUCUCACAGAUGGAAAUCAUGGGCCAGAGCGUGUUCGAGUUCAGCCACCCCUGUGACCAUGACGAGAUUCGCGAAGCGCUGCGCUCAAACGGUCAGCAAGAUGGUCGGCGCGAUCUGCUGCUCCGUCUGAAGUGUACGCUCACCAGCAAGGGGCGGAAUGUGCAUCUCAAAUCCGCUUCUUUCAAGGUUAUCCACGUGACGGGUCACAUGCUGGUCCCCCCCGAGACCAAAAAAUCCGAGAAGUCGGAAGGAGAAGACGAGAAAUCUGCCAAGCUGCCUUCGCUGGUCGCGGUGGGCCGUCCAAUACCCCACCCGUCUAACAUAGAGAUACCGCUGGACAGCAAGACUUUCCUGACCAAACAUAGCCUGGAUAUGAAGUUCACAUAUAUUGAUGAAACUGUGACAAAGACGCUGGGUUUCGGCAAGGACGAGUUGGUGGGUCAUUCCCUUUACGACUACCACCACUCGGCUGAUUGCGCGUCGUUGGUUCAUCAAUUCAAAUCGCUGUUCUCCAAAGGACAAUGCGAGACAGGCCAGUACCGCUUCCUCGCCAAGACUGGUGGCUACGCCUGGGUUCAAACCCAGGCCACCGUCAUCACAGACAAGCAGCAGAAGCCUGUCAGCGUCGUCUGCGUCAACUACAUCAUAAGCGCUAUCGAGUGCAAAGAUGAGGUGUUCUCCGCACACCAACUCCAACAUGCGGACUUGAAGCCUCUGUCCGUACCGCCUGCCGCAUUUGAGCCUCCAGCGAACGGAGCCAUAGUAGCUGUGGUGCCUGCUACAGAAGAAAUCUUUGCACCAAGAGAGAAAGACAUGAACAAGGGUUAUCUCUCGCUAGCACAAUCCAAGGGACAGACAAUGCUUAAAGACGAGCCUGAUGAGGAGGAUCUUACUUAUCUGGCGCCUACGGCCGGUGACACUUGCAUCCCACUGGAGAACAGUCCGUUUGACAUGUUCGAUGACUUCAUUCUUGGCGACAAUUACUGCAGCCUCUUAGGCGACGACCUUGCUAAUGGUUCCCCUGUGGAUUCCUUAACUGCCGAUUCUUUAUUACUGUCCUCACCUGAGCCUCAGGAGAGUGACUCGUCAUGUGAACAGUCGUCAAUUCUGACAGAACUUUCCCUGGAUGCGUUAGAUAGCGUAAGGUCGGACAACGACAUAGACGAUGGACACUCGCCGUUCAUCCCCCUCACCGAUGAGUUGCCUGUAUUGGAGCCGGCGGUCAUGUGGGCGGCGUUCCCAGAUAACGUCAGCAUGGCUAGACCACAGCCGACAACCACACAGACGCAACAGAGCGCUUCGCCGGCCCCGGCGCUACAGCGCCUAUUGGCCGCACCGCCCACAGGCCCUCCGCCACAGGAUCUCAUUACAAGCAUAUACUCAGAUCAAGGUCUAAUACCAAGCAGAAGCGUGUCGUCAUGGGAGACAGGCGCUAAACGCGUGUUGAAUCAGGAAGAGGAGCCCCGGGCCAAACGUGUCAAGCGUAGCCCGUCCCCGGCUUUAGAAGUACGGAGCACGCCGUCCUCGAGCGUCCUCAUGAACCUCCUGGAUGUACCGCAGCCAAUGCAGGUGAAGCCGGGCCAGUACAGGUUGGUGGUCAACCAGGAGAUGCCGAUCAACAACAUCGUCCCCGUGCCGGUCAUGAACCUCAUGCAGAAACAACCCCCGAAACCCAUACACAACUCAAACCUCAUACCGAGUUCUAAUCUUAUACCGAAGUCUAACAUGAUACCCUCAAACCUGAUACCAACUUCAAACUUGAUACCAAAGUCAAACAUGAUACCGACUCCAAAUCUGAUACGUAACGUCACUAACCCUAUGUCUCCACUUACACUUAAUAUAGGGAGCCCUAUGUAUUCGCUCCCGUCGAGCCCUAAUACUCCUAAUUAUAGUCCAGCCAUGAGUCCCGCGCAAAGGGAGCGCGUUCUCAGCCCGUAUCGACCUCAAUCGGUCUCCCCUGUCGGUAAAUUCAAGCAGAUGUACAGCCCCGGCAGACUUUUGUCGCCCAUUGGCGUCAUACACGGCAACGAUCCGUAUCUGACCAAUAAAAUGACACCGAGUCCUAACUACCCGCAACAAGUCGACAUGAUCAUAGACAACAAUAUAGGUCUUACAUCGAACGACUUCUGGACCGAUACAGAAAUGCUGACAGAAACCAAUCUUCUUGAAGCAUUAGACGAUGUUAAACUUGUCUAGAACUUGAGUGCGAUUUCUCGAUAGCAGAAUUUAUUGACAUAACACCUAAAAUAUGAUGCUAUCAAAUCACGAGAACCCCUCGAACCCAGAUCCACGUUACGUACGCGAAAUGUUUGACAUUUUAUUAGAGGUCUCAUUUUUGUAGAAAUCACUGGCGGAUGCAGGGUCGGAAAGGGUAG